CCCAGCAGCGGAUGAGACGGUGCUGAAAGACGGGGAGCGACGCCGGUCUGAAAAGGGGGGGGCUACACGGACUUCUACAUCAUAUAAUUAUUAAUAUUAACGAGGCGAUGUUUCGCCACCGGAUUACCCUUCGUCGAGAUGAACACGGUCGUGUGCGGUAAUAAUAAUACGGGAACGGGAUCUCGGGAUGCUGAGGACGCUCUCCAAGCCCCGGACGCGUGACGGUGGACGGCGGGGGUAAGACGGGGUGUGCGCGGCGCGGUCACGGUGCGAGCCGGCCCGGCUAUCUCCACUCCCACCGACCGCUAGCUCCUUACACUUCGAGCCAGCCGACCAUUUUACAUUUUGAACAGCCUCAGUUUAGUGAACGAGGGUAUCGUACUAAAAAAAAAAAACACAAUCGAGUGAAAUUAACACCCUGGGAGUGUUAUAUAUUAAGGUAGGGAAGAGGCGGUGGCUUCAAGAGGGAUACGCGGGCGACCUACUACCAAAGACGGGUUUUUUCCCCCUGCAAAUCAGCGAGGAAUAUCCACGCCCCGGAGUCUGAUACAUCCAUCCUAUUACUCCAGCUAGCUGGCUAACCUCACUCCCAUCCUAGCUAGCCAUCUCCCCAAUCCUAUGACACUAGCUAGCCCUCUCCCCAUCCUAUUAUUCUAGCCAUUUACAUCCAUUAUACCCCACUAGCCAGCCAUCUCCAUCCUAUUCCUCUCCAGUAACCCCCAGUGGGUGAGCCAUUUCUACCGUUAUAUCGCCUAAGCUAGCCAUCCCUCCAUCCUAAUAAUCCAGCCCAGGUGGCUAGCCAUCUUUCCCCACCAGUGCUGGCUAGCAUUCCCAGUAAAAGGAGCCCACUAUAAGGUGGGGCCGAGGACUUGACAACCUCUCCCCCUGCACCGGGGAACCGGUUCGGUAUCCCGGCUAGCAGGCUAAGCAACCAGCCUGCCCCGGCGUACAGGCUGGCCGUCCGGGACUCACCCCAGCUCGAGACCCGCUGGUCCGCCUGUCAUUGACAUUGGAGGAAGGGUUGUGGGUAAGGGGGAGAAGACACUUGGAUAAGGCCGUGUGUGUGUGUGUGUGUGUGUGUGUGUGUGUGUGUGUGUGUGUGGACAUCGGUGGCCCUCGGGCCAGCCCCGAGUAAGACACACCGGAGGUAGAGAGGCGGAGACCUCGUCAGGGGCUGUCGCUCCAGACCCCCUGCCCCGGGAGGAGGACUCGACAUCGGGGGAGACCACUGGGUCUUUCACCUACCUUGCGAGACCAUGGCGGACGACGACGUCCUCUUCGAGGAUGUGUACGAGCUGUGCGAGGUUAUUGGGAAGGGUCCCUUCAGCGUGGUGCGGCGCUGCAUCAACAGGGACACGGGCCAGCAGUUUGCCACCAAGAUCGUGGACGUGGCGAGCUUCACGUCCAGCCCCGGCCUCAGCACCGAGGACCUGAAGAGGGAGGCCAGUAUCUGCCACAUGCUGAAGCACCCCCACAUCGUGGAGCUCCUGGAGACCUACAGCUCCGAUGGCAUGCUCUACAUGGUCUUUGAGUUCAUGGAUGGAGCUGACCUGUGUUUUGAGAUUGUGAAACGGGCCGACGCUGGAUUCGUGUACAGUGAAGCCGUGGCCAGCCACUACAUGAAACAGAUUCUGGAGGCGCUCCGAUAUUGCCAUGACAACAACGUGAUUCACCGCGAUGUGAAGCCCCACUGCGUCCUGCUGGCCUCCAAAGAGAACUCUGCUCCGGUCAAACUGGGGGGCUUUGGCGUGGCCAUCCAGCUGGGGGAGUCCGGUCUAGUGGCUGGAGGCCGUGUGGGCACCCCCCACUUCAUGGCCCCUGAGGUGGUGAAGAGAGAGCCCUACGGCAAGCCGGUGGACGUGUGGGGCUGCGGGGUCAUCCUCUUCAUCCUGCUCUCCGGCUGCCUGCCCUUCUACGGCACCAAGGAGCGGCUGUUUGAGGCCAUCAUCAAGGGGAAGUACAAGGUAAUGAACCCGCGCCAGUGGAGCCACAUCUCGGAGAGCGCCAAAGACCUGGUGAGACGCAUGCUGAUGCUGGACCCCGCCGAGAGGAUCACCGUGUACGAGGCCCUCAACCACCCCUGGCUCAAGGAGAGGGACAGGUACGCCUACAAGAUCCACCUGCCAGAGACGGUGGAGCAGCUGAGGAAGUUCAACGCCCGCCGCAAGCUGAAGGGCGCGGUCCUGGCCGCCGUGUCCAGCCACAAGUUCAACUCGUACUACGGGGACCCCCCAGAGGAGAUGCCCGACUUCUCCGACGACCCCACCUCCUCCGGGGCCGUGUCCCAGGUGCUGGACAGCCUGGAGGAGAUCCACGCGCUGACGGACUGCAGUGAGAAGGACAUGGACUUCCUGCACAGCGUCUUCCAGGACCAGCACCUCCACACACUGCUGGACCUCUAUGAUAAGAUCAACACGCGGUCCUCCCCCCAGAUCAGGAACCCCCCCAGCGACAGCGUGCAGAGAGCCAAGGAGGUUCUAGAGACCAUCUCCUGUUACCCAGAGAACCUGGAGGCUAGGGAGCUGAGAAGAAUCCUCACCCAGCCACACUUCAUGGCGCUGCUCCAGACCCACGAUGUGGUGGCCCACGAGGUGUACAGCGACGACGCCCUGAGGGUCACGCCCCCGCCCACCUCGCCCUACCUCAACGGAGACUCCCCGGAGAGCGCCGCCGGAGACAUGGACCUGGAGAACGUGACCCGCGUCCGCCUGGUGCAGUUCCAGAAGAACACAGACGAGCCCAUGGGCAUCACUCUGAAGAUGAACGACCUGAACCACUGCAUCGUGGCCCGCAUCAUGCACGGCGGCAUGAUCCAUCGGCAAGGGACCCUGCACAUCGGAGACGAGAUACGAGAGAUCAACGCCAUCAGCGUGGCCAAUCAGACUGUCGAACAGCUCCAGAAGAUGCUUAGGGAGAUGCGAGGAAGCAUCACCUUCAAGAUCGUUCCCAGCUACCGCUCACAGUCAAUGUCCUGUGAGAAGGAAUCUCCGGACAUGUUCCAGCAGUCCCCGGCCAAUGGACACGCCAGCGUCACCAGCUCCAUCCUGGACCUGCCGUCGACCAUCCAGCCUAAAGGACGCCAGAUCUCCAGACCUCCAAUCAAGGACAAAAUGUCCAUCAAGAUCUACGUGCGUGCCCAGUUUGAGUACGACCCCACCAAGGACGACCUCAUCCCGUGCAAGGAGGCGGGCAUUCGCUUCCGCGUGGGCGACAUCAUCCAGAUCAUCUCCAAGGACGACCACAACUGGUGGCAGGGCAAGCUGGAGAACACCAAGCACGCCACCGCCGGACUCAUUCCCUCUCCGGAGCUGCAGGAGUGGCGAGUGGCGUGCAUCGCCAUGGAGAAAACCAAGCAGGAGCAGCAGGCGAGCUGCACCUGGUUUGGCAAGAAGAAGAAGCAGUACAAAGACAAGUACCUGGCCAAGCACAACGCAGUCUUCGACCAACUAGACCUGGUGACGUACGAAGAGGUGGUCAAACUGCCGUCGUUCAGGAGGAAAACACUUGUUCUGCUGGGGGCCCACGGAGUCGGCCGGAGGCACAUCAAGAACACUCUGAUCACCAAGCACCCUGACCGCUUCGCCUACCCCAUUCCUCACACCACCCGGCCCCCCAAGAAGGACGAGGAGAACGGGAAGAACUACUACUUUGUGUCCCACGACCAGAUGAUGCUGGACAUCAGCAACAACGACUACCUGGAGUACGGCAGCCACGAGGACGCCAUGUACGGCACGCGGCUGGAGACCAUCCGCCAGAUCCACGGACAGGGCAUGAUCUCCAUCCUGGACGUGGAGCCACAGGCGCUGAAGAUCCUGAGGACCGCCGAGUUCGCCCCAUAUGUGGUAUUCAUUGCGGCGCCCAACAUCACACCCGGCAUGACGGAAGUGGAGGACGACUCCCUCCAGAGGCUGCAGAAGGAGUCCGAGACCCUGCAGAAGACCUACGCCCACUACUUUGACCAGACGAUCAUCAACAACGAGAUCGACGACACCAUCCGCCUGCUGGAGGAGGCUGUGGACCUGGUGUGCACCACCUCUCAGUGGGUUCCCGUGUCCUGGGUGUACUAG